AUGGCAUCAACUGCAAUCGAGUAUUCGGCCUACCGAUCUGACCAGCCGCGGCCGGGGGAUGACUCGUGGGACGUCCGGUAUCUAAUAUCAUACUGUGACGACGAAGGCGCACUCGUACAGGAGAUCAUCUCUGUCCCAGAGAUCGCAAUCUUCUAUCUCGGCAUUGGAUGGCGAUAUGGAGAUCUUCAAGCGUACCUCGAUUUUCCAGCCGCAACGUAUCCUGAACAAUGGUAUGCGAACCCACCGAGCCUCUCCGGUCCUGCAACAUCCUUCACCGAUUCAGCCUUUGCGCAGCUUCCUCCUGAGAUCCGACAAGAAAUCUACGAUUAUGUCCUCCACGACGAUUGGGAAAGGGAGAUGGACAUAACGGUUCUGCGCAGUUGCAGUGGUCGUAUCCGCCGUCGCCGACCCUUUCUCACCCGCAGACUCGAGGGCCCCCUGCUGUCGUGCAAAGACCUGCAUGUGGACUUGGUGGAGUACCUCAUGGAUAGCACACGCUACAAGUUUGAAUGCGGCACGCGUCAAUGGCUCAAGGACACACCAUAUGUGUGGGGUUAUGAGAGCUUGAAGUUGGUCCGGUAUCUUGACAUGAGUAGCCACUACUAUCUCCUAACCCGCCCCGAGACACAUUUUGCCAAUCUGUUGCGCGUCUUGACCACCGGCUUUCCGAAUCUAAAGUGGCUGCGCUUCGCGAGCGAAUGGGACACGGGCGCACUUUGCAUCCCAUACGAGGAAACCAAAGAUAAGAACAGACCAAGUCGCCAUCAACAGGAGAUGCGCACACUGCUCCUUCUGGGAGCCUGGUUAACGCUCAGACACAAGAACAUGGACCUGCUCACCUGCGGUCCUGUCACAACAGGCCUGAACGAACGGGACGAGCCAACGACUCGCGUGUGUAUCGAGGUCAUGAACAAGGACCUUGUCAGAUCGGUGAAAGGUGUUGGGGAUCAAGUAUUGGAUACUCCAAAGAUCCGACGAACCCCCUGGUCCGACCUUGCGAUGAUGAGCACUCGAGAUCUGGUUAUCGACCAAGAAAGCCAAUCUUCUGAAGCCAUGCAAACUCACGCCGGUUUCGAGAAGUUGGAUCUGGAAGGCUACACGAGCCACUUCGCCAGAGGACGCAAGUGGAUUCGAUCUAUCCCAGUUGACCGCCUCAUCAAGAUCUACAACAAGAUUGGAACGAUUUCUCGGCGCCCAACAGGAUCAAAUACUCGCGGCAGUGGGAUAGGCAUGCGUAGUCGAGGCUCUGCAACUCGUGGUCGUGGAUCUAUCAGACAUGGGCGCGAAUUGGUCACUCAUGAUCAGGCAUCAGAGCGCAGACAUGGAUCUUUAGGCGGAUGGUGAUCAUCUUGGUCGAGGUUCAUGCAUGCGUCGAGGUAUCUGUCAUCGUACCCUUGAACCAGCGGACGAAGCGGGAGCAAUGGUUGUCUUGGGCGGUGAAAGUGGUUGAACAAAGGAUGUGAACUUAUGAACUGCUCACGUAGUUGAAGCAUCAUCAUACUCC